UGGGAUAUGUUCCCUGACCUUUCAUCGCUUGAGACCUUGUCAAUUCGAGGCGUACAAUGGUGUUGGGAUGCACUAACCACUAUUCUGCAGCAAGCAAGAGACGUGAAGUAUCUCUUUAUGAAAGUAGAAUUCACAGGCAAUGAGGCCGCCCUUCGGCCUUUCCCUGAGAUUUAUUUUGUCGAGUUCUUCAAUAACCAUCCCAAGCUUCAAAAGUUUGACAUCCAUGGAGCGAUGUUCGCUGCACUUUGCCGGGAAAACAGCCUAAAGAAGGUUGAGACAGGAUUUGCAAUACGGUGUUUGGAGGAAGUUGUGAUCACAGUGAGAUCUCUAUUGAACGCAGAACGGAAAAACACGCUUGAAUUGCUAUGCGACAUGUCUGAAACGAAUGGUGAUACGGGUUUUACAGAUGAUCAGUGAUGAUGAUUUCUUCUCUGAGAUCUGCAAGUUCCAACGCAUGAAUGAACAUCUUGUUCGAAAUUGAAUGAAUUUCUUUUUCAUUU